AUGGAAGUUAUAGUGGCUGAGCUUGGGGCGGCAAAUCUGGACUCUCAGACAUACAACCCACAUGAAUGGGGGUGGGUUAUUGCUUCCUCUAGCGCUCGUUCCCUCUCUGAAGGUGAUCCUUUACUCUGUUCCUUAUUGGAGCAAUGCAUGGAGAUGGGGAGUAAGGACAUUGCCAUCAGUUUUAAAACAAUGGUGACCCACAUGAAAUUAGCGGUAAACAUCCAGCACAUUCGCACUAUGAGGGCUCAAUCUCUGCAAGACUUAUAUGAUGCAGAAAUUGCCCCCCUUCGAAUCAAGUCCAGUUACCACACCUUCCAGCAUUGGCAUACAACCGGGACUAAGUUUGCGGCCCUGGCGGGCGGCAGUACUGUUUACUUUCUUGUCUUGGUGGCAGGUCUAGGCCUCAGGACAUCACUUGCUUCCAUGCCGGGGGACCUUGCCUGCCAUCUAGGAAAUGCCUUGAGGCACCCAGAUCCUGAUACCAUGAUUGGAUGCACCAUCAUUGACAAGAUAAUCCAAGUCAUUCAUAUGCUCAGGAGCACGUUUCCCAUAACAAUUGAUCCCUUGUUUCCAUCCACUAUUCUGGCCUCACAUUCUCUUCCUUCUCUGAUUGACUGCGCCAACAUUGCCACUUCAGACCUUUUCUUCAACUCCUUCAUUUUCAAAUUGGUAGAGCGUUCCCACUCACCCUGGGAUGAACAAUGGUUUAUUAGCUCCGAUGUUUCUCAGCAAGAUCCUUCAGUCCGUAUUUUCACAGAAGUCAUCAACACAUCAUAUGAUGGAAGCCAGUUGGAGAACAGCAAAAUUCCGAUGCCUCAGGAAAGUGCAGUGGAUACAGUAUGGACUGAGCGUGAACGCGAGGUUGUAGCAAAUGUGGAGGAGGUAAACAAUGUCGACAGCCUAUGGUCAAAGCUUGAGAGUUUUUAUGUUGGUGGAGUGAAGCCCACCGAUUCAUAUAUCUUUAUACCUAACUCAUUAGUGAGAAGGAAUCAACUCAAGCUACGCAACAGCGAUCAAUCGCUGAUGGCGUAUAUCUGUGGCUCGCUUCCAAAUCACUUGCGCUCCUCUCUGAUGAGUGAUCUUAUUCUUUCCUUUGGCGACGUGAAUAUCCUUAUCGACAAGGACACCAAUCAGGGUACACAAGGAGAUUUCCAGGCGCCAUACAUGUUGGAAAAGGAUGAUGUUCGAUUCAAUUACUCUCAACUGGUCCCAUACAUAUCGUCUGAAACAUUGAAGAACCAGGCACUCUAUGAGGCGGUGUUAGCAGUGUUUACAGAUCUCUUUGAAUGGAUAAAGGAACAUCUCAAAGAGAACCUUCCCGCAGAAUAUGAAAUCCUUGUUGAGGUAGCAAGAGAACUUCCCUGCAACAGCGCAUCACCAGUGCUUCCAUUUCUUUCGCUAGUAUUCAACAUAAAUGUGGCUACAAAGGGCCAUCGGGACAGCAGGGACUUCGACCUUUGUUUGGUCCUCCCGAUCGGUAAUUUUAAGGGAGGUUUCCUUGCUAUGAAGGAGCCAGGGCUCGUAGUGGAGCUUCUGCAAGGAUAUUUCAUCGGUUUUCAAUCUGCAUGGGUAACUCAUUUCAAUACUCAUUAUCAGGGUAAAUGUGCUUCCAUGGUCCUUCAUACGGACAAGGAAAUUCAACAUUGGGCCAGGAAUCACAACGGUUGGGGUGAUAAUUCUAUGCUGACUACUUUCUAA